UCAUAAGAUUUUCAUUCAUUUUAUUGCUAAUUUUAAAAUCCUCCAUAUUUUAAUAUCUUUAUCUGAGGGAAUUUCAAAAAUGAUGACAGUUAUCGCUCAGGACACGAUUGAAAACGCAAGCAACAAAUUGAGGGAUUUUGUCGAUAUUUUAGCGCAUGGGGUGGGUUUUAACUGAAGUCCAUCGAACGAUUUUCUCUCGAUACCACUGGCGGCCAACGGCUGACAGUGGCUUCGUUCAUCCAUCUGCAAGCCUGCAUGUGGAGGAAUUUGGUGUCAUUGCCAUCAGAGAAUCUGGGCCACUGCCAGUGACCGGGGAAUGCUGCAUUUGCCAAAAAUAAAACAUGCGCUCUGUUGUCCAUGGAAUUAAAUUUCAGAGGUAGUUCUACUACUUGAGGCGACGUUGCUCGAAGGGCUAGUGAUGAAAUAUGGGGCAACUGAGGUUAAAAUUGCACUAUACCCCCACCCAAAUUCAACCUUCUUUACGGUUAAAUUAUGCCAAUUGGCACAAUAUAAAGGAAGCUGAGUGUAAUAUUAAAAGCUUAUUAAAGGAAGGAAGACACUCCUUCUCACAAAAAAUUGUGUCUUGUAAGAUCUGUUUAACUAUUGCGCUAUCCAACAGUUAACGCCGCGACGGCACUAAUCAGGGCAGUCCUAAAGCGAGGUGAGAUGACACGACUGCAGAGAUGGUGUAAUGACUGCUCCUGAUGUAACGAGGAAGAAAAUCAAGUUGAUUCAUUCUUUUUUAAGAUAAAUUAUGAAACCUCACAGGGAGAGCGUAUCUGCACUUGUCUUCCGGUUUGCCGGGGCAUUUCAAGUCGCCGCCCUUCCCAGAAUGAUCUGGGCAAAAUUACGAAGGUCGUUUAAAGUUCCACUGUUCUGAAUCUCUGAGAAUGCGGAUCUGAAACAACAGGAAGUUUGCUUCGAUCACUGGACGCCAGGUUCCUCGUUUACCUGUCACCUGGAACGAUUCCAGCAUCGCCACACGCUCGGAGGAUCUGCGGCUUCCUUCCAACCCUGCUCCGAGUUGAAUGACUCUGGCUGCCGCAGCGUUUCCCCAGUUGUUCUGCGAAGGUCAGCGGCGAUCGGCUGCGGGUCUGCUUUUGGAUCGGUUGAAAGCUCCACUGAUGUUGAGACCAAACUCCAACAGAAAUGAAAUUCAUGAUUGAUUAACACAGUGACAUCUGGUAAAAAUUAAUGAAAAAAGGUGAUUUUGAUGUAAAAUUAGAACAAAGAUGACUUUAUGCAUAUUGUACACAAUUUCAGCCCAGUGAAUACUACAACAGAAGAUUUGAAGACAGACACACAAGGUUAAAUAAUAUUGGAAAAGCUGACUCUGUUUUAAAUAUAUCAAGAAUCCAGCUGCUGGCUCCUGGCACAGGGACAAAACUUUAAAACUGAGAUUUACCAAGCUUACAGAUGAUUUGUGAUCAAAUCCUUUUAAAAUCUUUAUGGUAAAACAGCCUGAGAAACAAAGUACAGGGCGAAAGCAAAUUGUAUAUUUUCUACUGUCAAUGGCCGCUAUUUACAAAUGCCGCUAAUGCAGAAAAUAGAUGGCCAGGCGCUUCAUGGACACAAAUCUGCUGGUAUUGCAAACAAGAAACAGUGCAGUUUAGAUGUGAAUUCAGCUGAAGAGGAAAAGAGAACAAAGGGCUUCAACAAUAGUUUGGAACCACUACCAGGAACUGCAAGAUACACAGAUCCGCUGAGAGACGGAAUGCUGAACUGUAACACACAAUUCAGUUGCACCAGAGUAGAGGAGGAGACUGGAUCUGAAUUUUUUAGCAGCAGACUUGCUGGGAUUGAGGAAAGCAGCACCAACACAACUACUGCAGUCAGUACAGAGAAAGAAUCCCCUUUUUUAUCUCUUAACUCUUCUGGCUAUUGGUCCGAUCUACAGAACCAGUCUGUUGAAACAGACGGAGAAUCUACACAUGGAGAUAAAAUGGCAGUAGGUAAGUGGGAGCAUCGAUCUGAAUUGCAAUCACCUGACCAGGACACAAGUUGUGAAGAGCAUUUGCUGGGACCUGCUGUGAGACUGGAAUUUCCUAAAGAUGUGACAUUAUCAUACAGUGUUAUCAGACAGAAAUCUGGACUUGUUGAUCAUGAGCUUCAAGAGGCAACAAGAAGGAGGCUGUGUAUUUUAGAAAGUGAAACCAAAGAUGUCCGGGUGCUUUUUAAUGAAUUGUCAUCAAGACUGAUUUCAGUUCAUGCUGAGAAGGACCUCUUUGUUCUCACCUUUAAGACUGUUGAGGAAAUCUGGAAAUUUACAACUUAUCUUUCUCUCGGGUUUGUUGGUCGCUGUUUGGAGAACUUGUUGUUGGACCAACGUUUCUGGUUGAAUGUGUCGCUGGUGGAAGAUGUGAGGAUUCAGGUUGAAGUGAAUGAAGCACAUUUUUCAUUGAUGUAUCUGGAUCUUCUGUUACAGGAAGGUCACUUUUUCACCAGAGCCUUAUCCAACAUUCCAAAGAGUGAAGAGCAAGAUCUGCACAUUUGCAAGGAGGAUCUCAUCAAGGUUAAAGAUAUCGGGGAUGACUCAAACUGGGAAGCAACUGCACUCUCAACCAAUGAAAAGGGCCUCGUUCCGGUUUCUGCUCCGCAGGCUCUUCUCUACCCAUUCUACCAGUGGUUCCUGAAGACAAGAGCAGAAAACUUUGGUGGCUAUGAGAAAUGUAAACACCAGUUCCCCCAUUCAAUUGGUACUGGCACCUGCAUUGCAACUGUGGAUUACAAAGCAUGUGAGGUGGAUGAACUGUGUUUCAGUGAAGGAGAGAAGAUUCAGAUAAUUGGCUUCCUUCUUUCUAACCUGAAGUGGUUUUUAGGGAAGUCUUUCUCUACUGGAGAUACUGGGUUUGUACCAGUAAAACACAUGCGGCCUGAACAAUUCAAACCACUAGAAGCCCACCUUUUAUUCUUAAGUGAAGAAGAAAAAUCUUCUUUGAACACGUUUAGAAAACCUGAUGAACGACAUUGCAUCAAUCUUUUGAAUAAGCUCUCCCAGAGUGAUAUCAACACUGUUUAUCGUUUAGGGGAAUUAUUUCCUUCCACGUUUGAUCAACGUCACCUAUCUAACCCAGUGGGACAUCUUCACGACAAUGUUCCAGAUAAGAGCCCUUCUUACCAUAAGGAAUUAGAACAAGUCGUUCCAGAUAUGGAUCAACCCAAGCAUCCAAGAUUUUAUAUAGAUCUUAAUCUUGAAGAUAUGAGUGAUCCUGAAGUGUUUGAUCCAAUGCUGAAAUUUCUAAACCAAGAGGAAUACAUUCCACGUUUCAAGCAUUUCUAUGACUUGAAUUUUUCCUUCAUAGGCUCCAUCUUGUAUGGGGUAACUGAAGAGAAGGAAGUUUUACAGUAUUUAGAAAAGGCAAGGGAGAUGGCCAAAAUGUACAACAAACAUUGGGCAUACUGCAGAAUCUGUUUCCUGUUGGGAAGACUUUGUGCUAAACGACUCAGAUUCUCGCAGGCCAGAGUGUAUUUUGAAGAAGCAAUGACUCUGGUUCAAGGGACCUUUUCUGACUUGUAUCUGUUGACUGCUUUAUAUGUGAACUUGGCGUCUGUGUAUUUGAAGCUAAAAAUGAAAGAAAAAUCUCACACUCUUGUGGAAAAGGCUGCAACGCUUCUCAUGUGCAUUCCAUCUCAUGUUUACUGUUCAGAGAAUGAGUUAGAGAUACUUUACAUUCUCCUUAAAAGAGCAAUGAUUACCAAUGAUUAUUACCUGGAGGCACGUACCUGUUUUCUAAUAGCAAAGCUUCUUCUGGAAAGCAGAAAGUCUGAAGAAGCAUUAGCAUUUGCUGAACAUUUACAGUUCCUUUCAAACAGUUUCAGUUCACGAGGUAACAUUGUCUCAAUAGAUGUGCAUUUGAUUUUAAGUUGCAUAUACAACAAAAAAUGCUUAUCACAGCUUGCCCUAGCAGCUUUAAGAUUUGCUCAGUCUGGCUCAAGUUCCACAUUGUUUGGUUCUUUGCAGAAAGCUGAUUUUCUUAUUGAAACAAUUGUAAACUCUAGUACUCAAGGAAUUUGUACUGGAGAAAUCCCUCCACAGGCUGCACUUUAUCUUCAAGAAGCUCUGGAUGUUGCAUCAAGCAAUAGCAAUGUAAACAGCCUAAGGGAUUUGAACUUUGCAUUGGCAAAUUUAUACCAGCAACAUAAGUUAUAUAAAAAGGCAAUUAAUUACAUGACAAAAUCUGCAGAAGUAGCAAGCUGCAUCAAUGAUGGAGGAACUUUCAAAGCUCGUCUUUCCCUUGCUUGGCUAUAUAUUCUAAAUAAUCAGUCAACUAUGGCAUCAGAAAUAUUGAAUUCCCUUUUAGAAUCAUCACUUAAGAUGCAUGACCCUAUACAACAGGGAGUUGUUUAUAACAUGCUGGCACUUUCUCUACGAAAGCACACCAGGCUAAAAGAAGCUGUGGAACACUGCCAUAGUGCAAUAAUAACUGCUGAAGAAAGUGGCAUAAAAUGUAACCAAGCCAUUGCUCAUGCUAACUUUGGAUCUCUAAUUCUGCAUUGUAAAUUUCUUGCAUUGCCCGGAUGCUAUCUCAGGAAAUCUUUAAAUCUGUAUUUUCAAACGCAAGACUGCUGCUUGGAAGUGGGUUAUGUGCAAGUUCUGCUGAGCCUGGGACAAUACUACAUAGAGAGAGGCUUGAGAAAUGAAGGGAGACUGCAUUGUGAGCUAGCACUUCUCACUGCCAUGAAAACCAAUAAUGUUCAUUACCAAAUCCAGGCUAUUGAACAACUCUGCAGCUUCUAUGAAAAGAUUUUACAUGAUAAAUUGCAAUGUAUUGUAUAUUAUGAACACUGGUUGCUGCUCGCUCGUAAAUUAAAAGACAAGGAACAGGAGAUGAAAACAUUGACCAUUCUAAGUCAUCUUUGCUUUUUGUUCAACACAGAAAGCUCCUACAGAUCAUCUCUAAGCUACACCAAGCAGAACCUGAAGAAUUUUAUUGAUCUCGGAAUGCAAAGCAAGGAGGCUGAAGCCUGGCUGAUGGCUGGUAAAACCUACUACAUGAUGGAACAAGAUGAACUUGUUGAACUAUACUUACAGGCUGCUGUACAGACGGCUCAGAGAAUAAAGAAUACGCACUUUACCAUGAAAAUAAAUGAAGAGGCUGGAGAUGUGUUUUACAAUGGACCCAGAGAGAGAGAGAAAGCAGUGAAAUUUUAUAGGGAUGGGGCAGUACCCCUGGCCAGAAUGACAAAUGAUUUUGACGUGGAGCUCAGACUCUUCAACAAACUAGCUGAACUUAGUAUAUCACUGAACAAUCUAGAACGAGCCCUAGAAUACGCGAUUGCAGCUGUAAGACUCAGUAUAAACACUGGAGACCAGCUGAAGGAACGUGUUGCUUUUUAUCGAUUAGCCACAGUGUACUAUUUGUAUCAGCAGUAUGAGAUGGCUGAAAACUACUACCUAAAGGCACUGUCACUGAGUUCUCAUCUAUUGCAAUCUCCAAAGGAAGCAAAGUUUUAUCUGAAAACUUAUUUCAGACUGGGUGAUAUUACACUCCACAAACUCAAGGAUCCACAUGAUGCUGCUGGAUAUUUCCAAAUGGCUUUUGCUGCAGCUAUCGAACUAGGACGCAAUGAAGAUUUGUUUAAUAUUUGCACUAAGCUUGCCAACAUUUACAAGAACUACAUUGUAAAUGAAGAUCUCUGUUCUCAAUUUGUUGAGAAAGCAAAGGCCCUCAGCAAUAAGCUACACAAAACCAAACAGAGCUCGUCAUCAAACUAAUGUGAAAUUAUUUAAAAUGUAACCCAAACUCUCAUGACAUGUACUCUAUCACCUAAGCAUUUGAAAGUACCUUCCUAAUGUAACAUACUCAGGUACAUUUACCUUUCUUACGUGCCCAAGAAUGGAAGCAAAGGCUGAACAAAGUGAAGUUACAACGUCAAAAUGAAUGAUUGAGGAGAUGAAAUAGGUCAGUAUUUGGUAACCAGAGAUGCUAUCUGGAUUCUAAGAGCUUGUGGAUUAAGGGGAGGGUGGAUUGACAGUCACAAUAGUGAAGAUUUCAGUUUUGAGUUUCUGGAGAAUAUUGGUUUUCAUUUGGUUACCAUGCUGAAUAAAAUAGAAAACUGUCAGCAACCAAACUUGUAUUGCCAAAGUUUGCAACAAUUAUAAAAUUGAGUAUAAAAUUGUUUUUGAAUAUUUAGGCUAUUAGACAACUGAGAGAGAACAGCAUAAUCUGUUGUAUUUAAAGCUGGAACAAUUUUAAUUAUGUUGUUGAGCCUGUUAUCAUGUGUUUUAUAUGUAUAUAAGUUGCAAUGAAUGUUAUGGGUUCUUAGUGUAAAUGUACAAUUAAAAAAUUCCAAAUGAAGUAAAAAUGGUGAAUAGUUCUACAAGGAAAGCUACUGGUAAUACAGUAUUUUUAUAAUGCAUGUGGAAUUUAACAGCUUCUUUAAAUAAAAAAUACUUUGUGUAACAUUCUAUUAAAUCACAAACUGUAAAAAUUUGCUAUUCUUAAAGCACGUGCAGCAGAAUUGAGCUAACAGCCCCCGUGCCUCAUUCCUGGAAAGGUGCUCUAUUUUAUUUGCUUUUUACUUUAUGCUUUUCUGUCCAGAAAUAAAUCUUAAAUGAUUGCUUUCAGAUUUUUUUUUAUAUAAAUUGAACUGUAGUAAAUUCUCUUUAUCUACAUUUUGUGGUAUGUACUGAACAUUCAAAGUAUUCCCUAAAAGAGGUGAUUAGCUUUAAGUGUCUCACUUUUUAUAUACUAUUUAAAACAUAAGUUGAUUUAGCAAAAUAAUGAUCUUAUUCAGAAUGCACUGCAAUAAAGUAUUAGUUUGUAUUAAUAAUGACCAGGUAUAAUUAUGGAGCCUGAAACUCCCUUGAACUAAAAACAUAAGCAUUAAUUACUUGGUUAACAAUUAUGCUCUCAAAACUUAGAAUGAUUUGAAUAUGAUUACAUAUCAGUAAAUCAUAUUCUUUUGUUUCCUGUCGAUUCUGUGAACAUCCAGUGGUCAAAGGCGUCCACUAUAUUGGGCAUUACGCUCCAUUAUAAAUAGCAGGACAGCUGUAAGCAAAGGUGUCAGAUGUCAAAAAUGCAGUUUUUCCACGAUAAACUUUGACAGUCAAUAAAAUAGAUUUUGAUGUGCUAACAUUUUAACAGACAUCUUGAUAUGCUACUCAUCUUUCUCAGCAACCAGCCCUUGUACCAUUAAAAAUGCACGUAGGUACUUGUCAGUGUCAUGUUAUCUUUACAAAUUUGAGUAUAUAUGAUGGAAGUACAACUGGCAGGGAUGAAAAUGAUAAAAGUGAUUUAUGUAGUAUUUUAUAUUGUUUGAGUAGGAUUGGAGAGAUGAUUUGAAUGUAUCAUAGUCCAAUAGCAAUGUGAAGGUAUUUUUAUAUUAAAAGAUUUUAUGUAACAAAUUAAGAAGUUCUGUUCAUAUUUUUGUAAUAUAAAAUAGGCUAAACAUUGGAGUAUUUUAAUUGAAAGCACUUAACCUAGUGGAAUACAAUGUUAGUUUAUUUCUGUAAUGCUCGAUACAGUUUAAAAUAUUUAGUGUAAGUUAAUAAAAUGAAUAAU